AUGUCCAGCCGACAGCUGAAGAAACUGCGGGCGCAAGAAGAGCAGAAAAGGGCUGCCCUGGCCGUCGACGGCGACGCCGACGAAGCUUCUUCGGGAAGCGAAGAAGAGAACCUAGGCGUUCGGCCGCGGGCCAAGAAUGCGUUUGCUGCUUUUGCGGCGCUGGGUGGGGAUGACGACGGGGAUGACGGGGGCGACAACAACAACGACGACGACGACGACGACGACGACGACAACAGGCACAACGAGGAUGGCAUAGAACGACCACCGAGUUCACAGCAGCAAGCGGCCAAGACGGCGAAGCCGGGCAAGAAGAAGAAGAAGGCAAAGAAGAAGGACAAGGGAGGCAAGACGGAAGCGGGUGCAGAGAGCGUGUCGGUGGCGAGUUCGCUGCCGGUAACGUCGCCGGGGAAGAAGGGGGCUAAGACAGAGAGGAAAGCAAAAAGCGCCAAGGACGCGGCCGCCGAGGACGACGGGCUGGACGAGAUCGACCGGGCCCUGAAGGAGCUCAAUAUACAGAGACCAGCGGCACAGCAGCAGGUCCAGCGGCAACAGGACCAGGACCAGUCGGCCACGGUGCUGGCGGGGGGCGGCAGCAACAUCCGGAUCCGGCUGAACUUCCACGAUUUGCGCGUGCUCAAUGAGCUGCGAGACGUUUUUGGGCGCGACACGAUCCGGGCGGCGCGGGCGGACGAGGGCGAGCGCGUCGACGGCAACCCAGGCGUCGUCAUGGUCGACCUGGAGACGUUUCUGCACGGCACGCCGACCGUGGCGCCGGGCAUGGGUCGACGAGCCGGCGCCAUGCUCGCGGCCGCAGCAGCCAGCCAGCGCGGCAUGACCGAGGCGGUCGCGCGGCGCAAUCCGUUCAUCGAGUUCAAGGACACCUGGGCGCGGGCGCCGUCGGGUGGCCUGGGCAUGCGGCAGGUGACGCCGACAGCUGCUGCCACGUCCAGUGCUGUGGCCGAGUACACGUUUACGCACAGCCCGGCCUACGUCCAGCUGGACCAGACGUUCUUCUCGCUGGUCAUGAUGCACAACCACCAUCCGCUGAUCCAAUUUCUGAAACAGAACCCCUACCACAUCGCCUCACUCAUCCAGGUCAGCCGGGUGGCCAAACAAGACCAAAACGCGGCCCUGGCAGCCGACCUCUGCGAGCGGGCGCUCUUCUCGUUUGGCCGCGCCACGCUGUCGUCGUUCCGCCAGAAGCUGGCCGAGGGCCUGGCGCGGCUCAGUUUCCGCCGACCCGAGAACCGGCAGUUCUUGCUGGCGGGCUACUACUACAUCAAGAGUCUGAUUCCGCGCGGCACUCAUCGCACCGCCCUGGCCUGGGUCAAGCUGUUUCUCAGCGUCAUGCCGGACGACGAGUACGGGCUGCUGCUGUGGGGACAUGCGCUGGCUAUCCGGGCGUCUGAGGAGCGCUGGCUGCUCGAGGUGUUUGGUGCGACUGACAAGGCGGGCGAUAAAGUGGAUGACAAAGCAGAUGACAAAGCAGAUGCCAAAUCUAUACCGGCCGUCCGCCGCAACCCCAUGCGGGCCUACAUCCGGCAGACGCUCGUGGUGGCGCGGCUGCAGCUGGGUGACGAGGCGGGCGCACGAACGGCACUGGAAGAUGGGCUGACACGGUUGCCGUGGCUGUAUGGCGCGCUCUUCCAGGCGCUGGGUCUGGAUGUGCCGCUGGCCGUCUGGGGCGUGCAACCGCGCGACGACGCCGAGGCCUUGUAUACGCAGCUGUAUGUGCAGCAGGCCCGUGACUUGUGGGAGUCAACGCCGGUGGCGGCGCUGCUUCGGGAUGUGGCAGCGACGAUGCCCAAGCAGACACCGGCCGCCAUCACUGUCCUGCCGCCGGCUGAGCCCGUCUCGCCCAGCAUUGCCCGGUUCGCCUACCUCGACGGCACGCCGGUCACGAUGGCCCUGGUGCCCGGCAGCAUGCUGCAUGCGUCGCCCAACUACGACUUUGACCCGCUGCCGCCGCCACGGGCGCUCAACAUCUUCUCGCACGUCGGCCAGGAGCGGCCGUGGAUCGUGGCGGCCAACGAGGAGGAAGAGGAGGGACGUGCCGGUGCCAGUGCUGGUGCUGGUGCUGGUGCUGGUGCUGGUUUUGAUGCCUGGGGUGCCCUCGACCGCUUCCUUAUGGCGCCCGGGGCCGCGCUGGACCCUGGUUUUGGCGACGAGGACGACUUUGACAGCGGAGGUGACGACAACGAGGACGAGGACGACGAGACAAACCAGCACGCAGACGUCCAGACAAGCCAGGAGCAGUAUACCCGGCAGAGGACGGGCAGCAUGCCGGGCGCGUGGGUGGAAGACGUCGACGAUGAAGAGUUUUUGUAA